AUGUGCGCGAGGCCGACAGCGGAAUCUGUGGAGGAACUACUCUGUGGAAGCAAAGAGAAGAAGCGUCAGAGCUGUCAAGAGCUGGACGUGGUUUGCAAGCAGCCGCGAGAAAUAACAGACAUCGGUGAAAAAUAUGUUCACCCUGAGUUACAUGAGUCAGAGCUCCUCAACGUUAAAAAGGAAGAAGAAGAGUACCCCAUCGUAAAAGAGGAAGACAAAGCAGAGCCCCUGUACACUGAAGAGGAAGAGCCAGAGCUUCCCAACUUCAAAGAGGAGUAUAAUGCCACUUUUUGCCCUUUUAAGAGUGAAGAUGAGGAUGAGGGUCCAAGUGAGCAGAACACAGGCGCAGAAUCUCCAAGCAGCAACUCAAGUCAUCACAUUUCUACAAAAAGUGACGGCGAGUACUGUGGACCUGAAUCUCAAGCCAACAGCAUUAUGGCUCCACUAUCAGACAGUGAAGACCUCAGAUUAGAUUUUCCUGAUGGUGAUGAUGAUGAAAAGUCUAAAGGUGACAUGACAUGUCACAAAGAUGACAAAUGCUGGAAAUGUUCUCAGUGCGGGAAAACAUUUAGUUUAAAAGGGAAUUUGAACGUUCACAUGAGAAUACACACUGGAGAAAAACCUUUUGCCUGCUUAAUUUGUGGUAAAAGAUUCUCCGUAAAACUAAGUUUGACAAUACAUACAAGAACGCACACUGGAGAAAAACCAUUUUCCUGCUCAGUUUGUGGCAAAAGAUUCUAUGAUGCGGGAACUUUAAGAAUACACACAAGAACACACACUGGAGAAAAACCUUUUGCAUGUACAGUUUGCGGAAAAAGCUUCUCUGAAAAGUCAAGUCUAACAACUCAUACAAGAACGCACACUGGAGAGAAACCUUUUGUCUGCUCAGUUUGUGGUAAUAGCUUCUCUGAUCGGUCAACUUUAAUAAUGCACACGAGAACGCACACUGGAGAGAAACCCUUUGCCUGCUCAAUAUGUGGUAAAAACUUCUCUAUGAAAUGUAGUUUAAAAGAACACACAAGAACACACACUGGGGAAAAACCUUUCGCCUGCGCAAUUUGUGGCCAAAGAUUCUCUGUAAAGUCAGGUUUGACGAAACACACCAGAAGACAUACUGGUGAAAAACCUUUUGCUUGCUCAGUUUGCGGUCAAAUGUUUUCUGUCAAGUCGGGCUUAACAAAACAUACAAGAACACACACUGGAGAGAAACCUUUUGCCUGUUUAGUUUGUGGCCAAAGAUUUUCUUUAAAAGGAACUUUAACUACACAUGCAAGAAGACACACUGGAGAGAAACCUUUUGUCUGUUCAUUUUGCGGUAAUAGCUUUGCCGAUAGGUCAAGUUUAACUUUGCAUACAAGAACACACACUGGAGAGAAACCUUUUGCCUGUUUAGUUUGCGGUCAAAAAUUCUCUCAAAAGGGAACUUUAACAGCGCAUUCAAAAACGCACACUGGUGUCAAAUGCUUUAAAUGUUUUCAGUGUGGGAAAACAUGUACUUCAAAGGGGACUUUGAACAUUCACAUGAGAAUACACACGGGAGAAAAACCUUUUGCUUGCUCAGUUUGCGGUCAAAUGUUUUCUUACAAGUCUGUCUUAACUAAACACACAAGAAGACACACUGGAGAGAAACCUUUUGCCUGUUUAGUUUGUGGCCAAAGAUUUUCUGUAAAAGACACUUUAACUACACAUGCAAGAACACACACUGGAGAGAAACCUUUUGUCUGUUCAUUUUGCGGUAAUAGCUUUGCAGAUAGGUCAAGUUUAACUGUGCAUACGAGAAAGCACACUGGAGAGAAACCUUAUGCCUGUUUAGUUUGCGGUAAGAAAUUCUCUCAAAAGGGAACUUUACAUGCGCAUUCAAAAAUGCACACUGGUGAGAAACCUUUUUUCUGCUCCGUUUGUGGUCAAAGUUUCACUACCAAGAGAAAUUUAACUACACAUGCAAGAAGACACACUGGAGAGAAACCUUUUGUAUGUUCAGUUUGCGGUAAAUGCUUUGCAGGAAGAUCAACUUUAAAUUUGCAUACAAGAACACACACUGGAGAUAAGCCUUUUGCCUGUUUAGUUUGCGGUAAAAAAUUCUCUCAAAAGGGAACUUUAACAGUGCAUUCAAAAACGCACACUGGUGAGAAACCUUUUUCCUGCUCCGUUUGUGGUCAAAGUUUCAAUAGGAAGGGAAAAUUAACAGCACACACACGGAUACACACUGGAGAGAAACCUUUUGCCUGUUUAUUUUGUGGCCUAAGAUUUUCUGUAAAAGGAACUUUAGCUACACAUGCAAGAAGACACACUGGAGAGAAACCUUUUGUCUGUUCAUUGUGCGGUAAUAGCUUUGCAGAUAAGUCAAGUGUAACUGUGCAUAUGAGAACGCACACUGGAGAGAAACCUUUUGCCUGUCUAAUUUGUGAUAAAAGAUUUUCUGUCAAAUCAAAUUUAAACAUACACACAAAAACACACACUAAAAAGAAAACACUCAGUUGA